UUUCGACGUGGCUGCUGGUGCUCUGUCGCUCACGGCACGCGCGUGUUUUUCGCGAUACAUCGGCGUAAAGUUAACUGUUUCGUGACUUUUUGAAGUUUGAAUUUUUCUGUUUUGUGAACGUUGCUGCUUGGUUCAUAUUGAUCCUGAGGUUUGUGAAGUGAGCCGCACGGGGAUUGUGGACAAAAGGAAUCUAACCUAUAUAACUUGCGUCAGGGGAGAACUUCCAUAAGUUGCUAAAUCUCGAUAACCACAAGAUUUAUGUGUUAAGAGAUUUAUAACAACCGUCUGUAGCGAGCACACUAGGAGAAUGGCCUCUAGGGUAGGAACUAACUGGUUCAUCAAUAACGAAAUAACGAAAUCGAACGCUGGCGUGUCUACGCGUGGCAGUCAUAGUGGAGGAGGAAGCAUGGAGGCCUCAAAUGCGAGCAAAAUAUCCCCCAUCCUAGGAGACAUCAUCAACGGAAACCAAAUUAGUUCGAGUACUAUCUCAUGGAUGGAUAUUCUGGAACAUAAUACCAUAAAUUCCACAACAAUUGCACCCAAAGCUAACAAAAAACAAACCGCCAAAAUGAAGAUGAGCAAAGUUGGUAACCAAACAAAUUCUCAGGACCCUCAAGCUGUGAAUUCGCGCGUUUUUGUCGGCAACCUCAACACAUUCCAGUGCUCGAAGACCGACGUCGAGAGGAUGUUCCAGAGAUACGGACGGUUAGCUGGAAUAUCAAUGCACAAAGGAUAUGCGUUUGUACAGUUUACAAAUCCGUUUGAUGCUCGGAGUGCCUGUUUGGGAGAAGAUGGUAGGACAGUUCUCAGCCAAAUACUGGAUGUCAAUAUGGUUGCAGAACCAAAACCACAUCAAACAGGAAGAAAGAGACAAAACGUAGCAAAAACAGGAAACGAUUGGGACUACUACUACGACAGUUACUACGCCUCGACCUCGUUCCCUGUGGGCCCUCCACGAUUAGUUCCGCCGAUAAAACGGCAAAGGUUAAUGACGUCAACGGUGAGAAAUGGGAAGAGCAAUCAAUCUCAGAAGACGACGCUGCCACCACUUGAUCAACUCAAGAUAUAUAGUAAUCCAGAUAUACUUAUUUGUGGAAAUUGCAGAGAAAUGUUCACGGACCUACAUGACCUUCUAGAGCACAAGAAAACAUAUUGUAAACUACGCUUCACCUGUAAAUGUGAUGUUAUUAAAUCAAAAUCGCCAACAGAUGAUCAUUCAUCAGCAUCGCUCCUUUGUGUCCAAUGCAAAGAUUCUUUCCAAAAUGCGUGGGACUUAAUGGUGCAUGCACAAGCCGCACAUAUGUUGAAUAUCUACGAACUAGGGAUACCCGGUAUAACAUCAGCGACUGCCAAUUGUAUCUCACCACCUUUACUGUCGCCAAGGGAUAACAAUCAGAAGGUGAGUGAAAACUUUACAGGUUACCAUAUAUGA